GUGGCAAUGAAAAUUUUAUGUGUAAAGGGUCAAUCAAGCCGACGACACUAAAAAAUGUCUGCAUUUGCUGGAUUGCAAGCGCAACCCCAAGACAAGGGCUCAUCUAAGUGCCACAUUCUGUGCCUGCAUGAAGAAAUUAUCCGCCACCUGUUUGCCCACUUACCCCGGCUGUCUGACAAAGUUCGACUGGCGUGUGUGGCUCCAAAGUUCCGACAGGCCUUUGAGAGUUGGGCUCGAACCCAGAAGCACACAUUGGAUGCGGAGGAUGUGGAGCAAAUGGCGUUACCCGAUAUCAUAAAUUUAUUCAAGGUAGCCGGUCCCUUUGUGCGCGUGCUUAUGGUUAACUGUGCGUCCUUCCAAAAGGAAUCGCUACUCGUCGAGUUUAUUUCGGAGUAUUGCAAGAACAUUGAAGAAAUCUACUACACCAAUGUGACAGACGAGUUUCGCUAUCGGACGAUUAUGUCCCGAUUGACGCAUCUGCGGCGUGUCAGCAUCGACUGCAUGGAUGCGGAGGAUGUUCUCAGUUUGGAUUUGGAUGGCAACAGCGACCUGGAGUCGUUUGAGUUGAUUAAUGGCUGUUAUACGGGCAAACACCUGUGCGGCUUUGACAAGCUCCAGAGGCUUGUGCUCCGGGACUGCCUUCUCUGGAACUCAGGCGAGUUUGGCAUUCCGCUGAGAAAGCUGCGCACACUCGUCUUAGAUGAUUGCUGCUUUGAGGUCAUGAACCAGUCACUCUACCAAAAGGUAGCCGAAUGCUGUGAAGAGCUGGAGGAACUAUCGUUUUCCGGCUGCGAUGCCAACUUUGAGAUUAUUGCCCAACUUCCCAAUUUGCAGCGGUGCACGCUCAAAACCUGGAUGACGUCUAAUGAGCUGAAUCUGGGAUUUCUCUCCACUCUAGCCGAGAAGAAGGGCAACAAGCUGUCGUACUUCAAGCUGACGGGGCAGUUUGAAAUUAGCAAUGAGCAUGCCCGCUUCCUGGGUCAGCUGAGCAGUUUGAGGGAGCUGUAUUGGUGCGAAAAUGAUGUCUUGGAGGACGAUCACUUCAAGUUCUUCAAUGAGCUACCACUGCUGAAGCGGCUUGGACUGUCCUUCUGUGGCCGUGUCACUGAUGUUGGCCUGAUGCGCUUGAUUCGCAAAUGCCUCCAGCUAGAUCGCAUUGAUAUCAAGAACUGCGACGAGAUCACCGACCAGUUCGUAUUGAAUGCCGUCUAUUGCUGUGGCAAGGCAACACAUCGAACUUUGGUCCUUAAUGUAGAAGGUACUAGGAUUUCAAGUACUGUUCUCAUGCAUCCCGACUACUUAAACCCGCAAAACAUGGUGAAACUUAAUUUUACAAAUGUGACAUUCUAGUAAACUGAACAAUAAAGAGGCGUGCGCUGAGGAACAUUCAUAAGGAAGUACUAUUUUGUAUUAAUGAGCAAGUUCACUCUGAUCGGUAUCAAAUGAUUGCGAGCGUCUACCAUUACGGCCUGGCCAUUUAAUAAUUCAGCGUGAAUGCAUUUUAGAUACAGAUAGACAUAUGUUUGUAUACCUCAAAUAAUUCGUUCCGAAUCGACUAUUAGCUGCAAUAAAUUUCCCAUUCAAUUGUUGCUUGAA